AUGAGCUUUUUCAAUUCGCUUGGGCGCUCGAUGGGCAUCGCGGCCAAGUCCAAAGGGCGGCCCAUGCCUGCGUCAACGGUCGAGCAAACAAUUGAUGUGGGCAUGCCUCCCGCGGACCCAUCGGGCGUGGCGCCAGGCACUAUGUCGAAGCCGCUGUACCUGUGCCAGCCCUUCGUGCGGAGCACGUUGAUCAGGGGCUCGUUCCGCACGAUUGUCGCGCUGCCCAAGUAUGUGCACCCGUACGAAUGGAUUGCUAUGAACUUGUUUGACUUCUUCCACAACCUGAAUCAAUUCUGCGAAGUGAUUGCCGAGUCUUGCUCGGCGACCGCGCAUCCCACCAUGUCUGCUGGCGUAGGCCUGCACUAUACCUGGGUCGACGUGAACCGUCGCCCGAUCCACCUGCCCGCGUCGCAGUACAUUGACUAUGUGAUGACGUGGAUCCACCGCCUUCUGAACGACGAGGCCGUCUUUCCCACUCAGCCCCUGCGCGAAUUCCCGCCCACGUUCCUGACAACUGCUCAGCACAUGUACAAGCAGAUGCUCCGGGUGUUUGCCCACCUAUACCAUGCGCACUUUCCGCUACUGCUGCACCUCAGCUGCGAGGGUCAUAUCAACUCGCUCUUUGCGCACUUUCUCGUGUUUGGCAAAGAGUUCCAGCUUUUCCAAUUUGCUGAGUUCAAGGGCGUCGGCAACCCGGCGCUCGGCGCGCCGGCAUGCCUCGGCGGUACAUGGCCGCCGCACCUGUCGGCGCAACCGGCGAGCCGCAGCCCUACCCCGGCGUGUGCGACUUGA